AUGUCCCCAGAAGUAAUAUCAUACACAGAUCAGUUGAUUCGCGUCUAUGUUGGUAAUCACGACUUCGUUGUCACCCCAGAUGCGACUGCAUACCCAGGUCAAUUGAUUCUUUUCCAUGUUGGUGAGCACGUAUUCAAUAUACCCCCAGAAGCAAUUGCUGGCCUAGAUCAGUUGAUUCGCGUCCAUGUUGAUUAUGACCACAUCGUUGUCGCCCCAGAAAAGACUGCUCACCCAGAUCAAUUGAUUCUUGUCCAUGUUGGUCAUCACGUCCUCCAAAUGUCCCCAGAAGCAAUUGCAUACCCAUGUCGAUUGAUUCAUGUCCAUGUUGGUGAUCACGUAUUCAAUAUGUCCACAGAAGCAAUUGCAUGCCCAGAUCAGUUGAUUCGCGUCCAUGUAGUUCAUUACGUCCUCGUUGUCGCUCUAGAAUCUACUCUCAGGGGCCUCUCUGGAGUCCAUGAAAAUGAACGUCUGUUUGAAACCUUUCUUGAAGCUGGUGGUGUUGAGGUCGUUGUAGUUGGCGCCAACAGUAAAGAACACAAUAUACCUUUUCCUUUCAUAGACGAGAACAACCUGACCUGGGCAGGAAGUCGUUUCCGAAGCCACAUCGAGGACGUGAUGCCCAACAUGGACGAAAAAGCCCUCAUCUGUGUAUGCAGUCUCUUCUGA